AUGAGCGUGCCAGUGACGGUGUCGAUUUCGGGCAGCAAUCGCCUGGGUGUGGAUGCAGAUUGGAGUGAUGGCAAAACUCUCUACAUCAAGGCAAUUCUGGCUGGAGCUGUCAGCGAUUGGAACAAAGAGAACCCGGCGAAGGCUGUUCAGCCAGGAGACCGGGUCAUUUCCGUGAACGGCGUCAGCGGCGAUGCUCAAGCCAUGGUCAGGGAGAUCAAGGACCGAAGCCUGCUCCAGUUGCUCUUCCAAAAGGCUGGCGAUGAGAAGCCGGAAGAGCCAGAGCCUGUUCCUGUUCCAGGAGUGGCUCGAGCUGGAAUGCCUUUGGACAUCCCUGGCAUGCCUCCUCGAACUGUGGAUGUUCUAUUGGAGAUUCGAGCCCGGGCAGCAGAGAAAGCAAAUGCGCGGAAAGGUAUAGCACCGAAGCCGCCACCAAAGCCUGCCAAUGAGCCACCAAACCAUUACGAGGUUUUGGGCAUCGAUCUCCGGGCAGACGAUGCAGCGAUCAAGAAGGGCUACCGGAAGCUUGUUCUCCAAUGGCAUCCGGACAAGCAUCCAGCAGAUAGAGCAGAAGCAGAAGUUAAAAUCCGUCAGAUCAACUUGGCGUACGAGACUAUCAGCAAUCCGCUGAAACGCCAAAGUUAUGAUCAGAUGCUUCAAGCGAUCGAAAGGAAGCGCUUGAAUAUCCGGCUCGAGACGCAAUUUAUCAAGCCCAGGAUGAGCAUUCCAAAGGAAUUCAUGCUUUGUCCUUUAGGGCAUUCGGAUAAGUUCGUCCGAAUUGUGGACAAUCAGUUGCUGGUUCAGUCCAGAGAUGAUGCACUCGGCAUAGCUUUCCAGGAGUUUUUCCAGGCUGCGAAGUUCUCGCUUUGGUGGCUGCCAGAAGUCAACAACAUGUGCCGGCUUCGGGCACGCGAAACGGCAGGCCAGGGAAUGGAAGGUGGCAUCAAUGUCAGCUUCCAAUUUGAAGCAGGCCAAGAGGAGGAUGACACCGUUGAAAGCGCAUGUGAACUUUCUGAGGAUCAGGAUAUGAAGAGGUGCAACCUUAUAGUAAGCGCCUCACCCUUCAGCCAGGGGGCCUACCGCUUUGAAGGUGCUUUCUGGCCGGGCAGAUACAUGUCCUUCCGCGGUCCUGAUCAGCUGCGAAUGGCGGGCAAGGUAGAUGAGAGCUUGGAUGUUGCAGACUUCCUUCUAGUGGAUUUCUCAGCAGCCUACAAGUUCAUGACCACCAGCGAGGUGCUGAAAGGCGCCGUAGAAGGCCAGAGCGGAGCACAAGGAGGCUACGUGAAACUGGGCGAUCUGCGGGCUGAUUUGAGCGUAAGAUUAUACUUCCAGCAGAUGCUUGGUAGUGCAGUUUGGAACAACAAAGAUUUCGAGACCUUUUUCGAGGGUCACUACGAGGAGUGGGACUUUGAUGCGAAGAAGUCUCGGGUGCGCAUGCGGCCAGAUGGCCCUUUGAUGCGCCAAGCACCUCAGCCAGUGACCACUAAUGGCGAGCGCUCGCCGGUCUCGGAAAGAGAGCCUAGCGGUUUAGCCGAGAAGCUCAGUAACACUCAUAGCCAGAUGGCCACUGUCAAGCUUUUGCUGGAUGCCAAUGGCGACGACUUGGCCCGGCUUUCCCAUGCAGCAGCGGUGCCGGUGCUCUCGCGCCUGGCAGAGAAGGUCACGAACCAGGCACCCGACAAGAUUCGGGAUGUGACUGCUGCCCGGAGACGUUUCUUAAUCACUUUGCCAGUCUUGUUGGGCGACACCGUCUUCAGCAAGAAAGAACGGCGGCGCGAAGCGGCGUUGCCCUUGGCUACCUUGUUGAGCAUGCAGAAGGAUGUGGCGUCCAUCGGCAAGGCUGAUGCAGUGAAAGAGCUUGCAGCCGCCUGCCAAGGGGCAGUUGAAAGCAUCUCAGAACUCAUUGGUAGCAGAGUGCGACAUGCACCUGAAGAGGUGUCGUUAGAUAUGCUGCCAGAACUGUUAUCAUUGCCGUUGAACUGGCGAGUCGCAGCGGAGCCCCUGGCGGAUGCCUUGGCGCCGCUACUCAAGAGCCAGAAACCAGGGGUGCUCCUGCAGCCGCUACGUGCUGCUGCUAAGCUCCCGAAGUCAGCGCGGCCCAUCGUCGAAGCGCUGGCAGGUGUGGAGAUGCGCGGCAUUACCUAUGCCGAGGGCAGCAUGGCUGCAGAAAUCUUGCUGGCCUUGGCUGAGAACAACUGUGAGAUUGCCACGGUAGCGAGCAAGCUCCGACCGCCCUUGUUGCAGCGAUUGCCAUUGCCAGAUUUGGUCAGCAUUGUGGCAGCUCUUGGGGAGCAAGGUCUCAAAGAUGAGCUUCUAAGGCCGCCCUUGCAAGCCAAGGUCGCUGUGGCCGGACCCGGCCUGGCUGCCGUGCCGCCCUCGCGGCUUUUGCGUUUGGCCACGGCUUCCACACGAUCGCCUUGCAUCGCUGAAACGGCCUUAGGGCCAGUAGCUGGAGCCGCAGCUCAAAGUUUAGAAAGUUGGACUGCGGAGGACGUAGCAGAGCUGAUGUUGGUGGUGGCCACCUCCGGUGCUGCGGAGAGCCCUGGUGCCAAGCGGCUCUUCGGCCGCGUCACGGAGGUUUUGACCCCGCGGCUCACGGCCCUCAGCGCCACGGUGCUUUUGAAGGUGGUGGUGGCAGCUGGGGCUGCUGCGGCACACUGCCGGGAACUGCUGGAAGCUGCAGCUCACAAAGCAGUUUUGAAAGGAGCCGAUAUGAAGCCGGAGCAGGUGAUGUUGCUCACGCAAGGGGUGCUGCCCCUGGGUGGUGCUCAUCCGGUCGUCGCCCGGCUCCUGAACUUCUGGGCCCAGCUCCUUGCCGGCCCCGAGAAGGCUUCUGUGCUGCCAGCAGAUGACAUCGCUCAGCUGGCGAUGUUGCUCUCGAUGGUGGCGCCGGACCAGGGGCUGAUCUUUCAUGUCAUUGGCCUCAGGCUGCAGGAGGCGGGCUCCAGCUUGACAGAAGCUGGCUUCGCCUCCAUCGAUGCAGCUUUCCCGGAUGGCGCCGGACCGAACUUUCCAGGGAAGGAGCAGUUGUUGAGCUCCAUGAAGGAUUUGAAAGCCAAGCUGGCUGAGUCCUCCAAGAGCAAAGCCAAGCUGGUGCCACGGAGGGAUCGUUCCCGAAGCCGAUCACGGUCGUGGCAGCCCUGGGCAAAUGCAUCAUGUGGCAAUGGGCAUGGGUCUGAAAUCCACCAUAUGCUAUACAUAUAUGAUGUUGGCAAGGUAUGGUGA